AUGGCCGACAACGUAGGCCUCACCACGCCAAGAGGUAGCGGAACCUCGGGCUACGUCCAGAAGAACCGAUCCCUCCUCCGACCGCGCGACAAGAUCCAGCCCUACCCCAAAGAUUGGGAACAUGCCAAACACCGCCCAAGACAACCAGACGCCGAGAUCCUCGAACACGAAGCAAAGCGCGACAUCGAAGUCAAGGUCCUUGAGCUGCGCGACAAGCUUGAAGACGAAGGCGUCGACGAAGACGAGAUUGACGACCAGUGCGAAGGCCUACGCCGCAAACUCGAUCAGGAACGAAAAGACGGCAAAGAUCUCGGUCCUAAUGCGAAGCGCCUCAAGUCGCACCAAGUCCACGACCUUGCCAAAGCAAAGGCAGAAGAGAGCGAGAGGUUGCGCAAAGCCCUGGGCAUCAGCGCAGACUAUGAGGAAGGAAGUCACUGGAGGAAGCAAGAGGAGAGAAUGCGCGACAGUCUAGCCAAGAGGGAGGCCGAAGACGAAGAAAGGACUGCCAGAGCGAAAGAAGCCAGGCGGCAUAGGGAGGACGACUCGGAUUGA